AUGACACGAGAUCAACAUGGCAGUCUGGGAGCAGCUCUCGCUCAUGCCUUCCACGAGAAAAGAUUGCGAGUCUUUGCGACAGCGCGUGAUCUAAACAAGAUGAGCAGCUUGAAAGAGGCCAGUAUCGAGUGUUUUGAACUUGAUGUGCGGUCUGACGAGUCGAUCAAAAAAGCCCUCAUCAAAGUAUCCAGCUUGACCGACGGGCUCCUCGAUAUUGUUGUCAACAACGCAGGUGGCGGGCACUACAUGCCGUUUCUGCAUCUUGACCUGAACGAUGCCAGAGAUUUGUUCGAGACGAACGUGUGGUCUUACCUGGCAGUAACCCAAGCAUUUCUACCACUCCUGAUGAAGAAUGCACAGCCAACACCUACAGGCAAGAAGUCAUUGAUAGUGAACAAUACUUCGAUUUCCUCUGUACUUCGCACACCAUACCAUUCAGCCUACGGAGCUUCGAAAGCAGCGAUGGCAGCCUUCAACGAUGCUCAGCGUAUUGAGCUUUCGCCAUUUGGUAUCAGAGUAGUUGACCUGAAAACUGGUAGUCUCUCAUCCAACUUCAAAGAGAACAAGACGAAUCCAUUCGAACUACCUGCUGACUCACCGUACCAGCCUAUCAAGGAUGAGGUGCUGAAUGUCAUUACCGGAAACGUGACUGAGUCGUACGCAGAGAAUCAGACGAGCUGGGCGAAGAACGUGGUUGCUGAUCUGCUGAAGGAUCCGAACAAUCCUCCUGCAAAUAUCUGGAGAGGUGGCUCGGCAGGCACAGUGAAGUUGAGCAACUCUCUAGAUAAUGUCACAUCUGCUGACACAGGAGAUAGCCAGUUCCAGAAGUUAGGAGGAUUAGACAAGCUGGAGAAGAUCCUAGCAGAGCGAGCGAGUGCAGAUUCCUGA